GGUAACCAGAACCCAGGACCAAGGUCGCAGUACUGCUGAUUCAAUUACUAUUUACUACCGCACGAAGGCCAUUCUGGGAUUUGUUAGUUUUUUUCUGCGCGGACCACGCCGCUUAGUUAUUCAAUUUUAAGGAGCCCGCUACACACAGAGUCAUGGGACUUUUCGGGAAAUCGCAGGAACGAAACCCGAAAGAUAUGGUACAAGAAUGGACAUCAAAAUUGCGCAAAGAAUCGUUCGCCCUCGACCGGCAAAUACGAUCGAUCCAGCGAGAGGAGGAUAAAAUUAAACGGUCGCUCAAGGAGGCAGCCAAAAAGAACGACAAAGAGGUGUGCACGAUCCUGGCGAAGGAGCUAAUACGGUCCCGCAAGGCGAUCAACAAAAUCUACACUAGCAAGGCGCACAUAAAUUCGGUGCAGUUACAAAUGAAAAAUCAGUUGGCCACGGUGCGCGUGGCUGGUUCGCUGUCAAAGUCUACCGAGGUAAUGCAAGCAAUGCAAGCGCUGGUGAAGCUGCCCGAGGUUGCUGCGGCGAUGCGCGAAAUGUCGAAGGAGAUGAUGAAGGCCGGCAUCAUCGAGGAGAUGAUUGACGAAACGAUGGAAUCGCUCGAGGACGUGGAAGAGAUGGAAGAGGAAGCGCAGAAGGAGAUCGACAAUGUAUUGUGGGAAAUCACGGCGGGUAAGCUGGGCGAAGCUCCGGCGACUCCGCUGGCCAAUCCCACCAAAGACGAACCUUCCACGUCGCGCGUGGAACAGGAAGAGGAAGAGGAGGACGAUAUGAAGGAAAUGCAAAGUCGACUGCAAGCGCUGCGUUCGUGAAUGGCCGUGUCGCCGUUCGCCGUGUUAACAUCUCGCUUAAUUUUAAACACUUCACGAAAACACACACGGAACACAGUGAUGCAUCGAAAUUCUCGUUGUGGUAUUAUUAUUUGUCCACUCUGUGUAACCGACAGUCCUUCCCGGCAUCGACGAAUGUCCAUUUUACGAUCACUUAGAAUAAUAAAACACAUCCUGUAAGGAGUUUCUUCCUCUAGCGAAUGUUGAAUCUAACUCAAGUAGGCUUUUUAUUUCAUUGUGUCUCAGCAGGAUUGAUAAAAAUAUUUGUAAAAAUUUUAAAAUCAAUUUCCUGAUCAGUGAUCAUACGUCAUCAUUUGUUACUUUGGCAACCUCCAAUUGUUGGUAGAUAUUUAAAAUUUGGGCAGCCACAUCCGUAUCUUUUACAAUACAUCAAUGUGAGGUGAAAAUCAAUAAAGCACCAGCUCAUAGUGUUACACUCAAUGUACUUACGCUAAUUAUUGCCAAGGUCCGUCUUUCGUAUAGAUUCCGGUGCAGCUCAA